AUGUCUGUGGUGAGAUGGAACCAAAACGAGCUCGGUUCGACUGGAGAAAAAGAGUUGAAGAGUAGCCCUCUUCCUCCAACUACCCUUGCUGCCAUUGAAUCCUUAGCAAUACCUCUUGUACAGGAAAUUGUGUUCUUAGCAGAUUUUCGAUGCUCCGGGUGUCAACAGAGAGUGGCUGAGAUCAUGUCUAAAAUGAAUGGAGAAACUCAAUCCGUGAUGGUUAGUAUAUUGGAGAAGAAGGUUACACUGACAUGUACAUAUGAAGCUGCUAACAAAUUGCCUCGAGGAAGACAACUUUCUUCCAUACAUCGAACUUCAUUACGUAAAGUUUGUCUCAUCAUGCGCCCGUUUCUCUCUUCUUGCACUUGA